GAAGAAUUGCUUCGAUCGCUAGCUGAGAUCUUUGAUUUGCUUUGUUUAUUGAUUAGGUUUACAAAUGGCGUAUAAUUUGCAGGAUGACUCUUUGGUUUUCGGAGAAGUUGAUGACAUCUUAGAAAGAUCCAGAUAUAGCUGGUUGAGUUCUAGCGAAGUCCGUGACAUCUUCAUGUUGCAUCCAAACCAUGUCUACUCUCUUGAGACAGUUGAUGGAUACCGACAAGGCCUUUUUCUGUUCAGCACGCUCUCUCAGUUUGAUUUUGUAGACUGGGGGGAGACACAGCAUAAGAGAACGGCAGAAGACACCCCUUUGUACUAUAAGAGAAGCCGUAUAUCUCUAGUUCCGUUGACAACUUACGAGAGGAGAGUCUACAAACCCAUUCAGAACGAAUUUCAGGAUUCUGUUUUGGUACACUACCGAGUGACUACCGAGAGUGCAUCAGAAGGAGAUUCGUCUGGUGUUGAUACUGACAAGUCCGGAGACUCUGGGGGAGAUAAUGAAGAUGAUGUCAUGGAAAACGUAGACGAAGCAGACAAUUCCGGAGAUAACGCUAUGUCAGGGCAGGAAGAUUCUUCCAGUUCUGAUAGUGAUGAUCCUCCUAAUUGCAAUGGCCACGAUGCUCAUGUCGUGAAGAUGUCUAAGAUGGACUUAAACAGUGACGACGAGAAAGACUUCGUGGAGACAAUUUUUACUCGCACUAUCGAUAUGCUUUCAGAUGAUGAUAAGAAGCUACCUCAGGUUCACAAACAACCAUGCCGCAUUGUUUACACUGAUUAUCAGCCAACUCAGCUCCAGCACUAUGUCUUUCUUGCCGGAGGCAAUGGGGUUUACUUGGUUUUGGAUGAAAAUGCUAAGUUUCACGAGGAUAGCUUCCAGAAGGCUCUUAACGCACUGGUUCUUGCUAAUGAUGGUGACAUAAAAAGAGAGAACAGAAAGUCUCAAAAGGGAUUACUUGGUGAAGAACGUGAUGUCUUCAAAUUAAUGAAAAUGAUAAUUCCCGUGAGUUUGUUCAGGUUCAGCAAAGAGGAACGUGAGGCAUUUGCGAUGCAGGUGUCUAAGAUGGACUUAAACAGCGACGAUGAGAAAGACUUCGUGGAGACAAUCUUUAAUAGCACAAUCGAUAAGAAUCUUCCUCAGGCAAGCCUUCAUUAAACCACUUUCUAAGAUGCCUGAGAGUU